UUGAUUUCCUCUUCAUUCCGACCUGUUUCGAAGGGCACCUAGGAUCAUGGCUUGCGAAAUCACCGACCUCGAAACGUUCGCGGCAUGCAUGGAAGACAAAGUCAGCGUCCAGGAGAUCAGCGUCAACACGUUUUGGCUCAUGUUUGGUGCCGUCCUGGUGUUCUUUAUGCAAACGGGAUUCGCCAUGCUUGAGGUGGGGGCUGUCCAGGCGAAGAACGCCAAGAACAUCCUCAUCAAGAACGUCUUCGACGCCAGCCUAGGAGGAAUCAUGUGGUAUACCACCGGGUAUGGGAUCGCGCUGGGAUCGGACUCGUACGAAACGUCCGGCAACAACGGCUUCAUCGGCACCGACGGCUUCCUCCUCACCACCGGUGCCUUCAGGGGCAGCGGGGACGACGUGGGUAUCAACUGGGCGGGGUGGUUGUUCCAGUGGGCCUUCGCCGCGACCACCGCCACGAUCGUCUCCGGGGCGGUGGUGGAGCGCGUGACCUUCGGUGCCUACGUGGUCUACGCCAUGUGCCUGCUGGGCUUCAUCUACCCCGUCGUGGUGCACUGGGGCUGGUCUGCUGGCGGCUGGGCUUCCGCCUGGAGGGAGACGGAGCUCCUCAUGGACUGCGGCGUCCUCGACUUCGCCGGCUCCGGCGUCGUGCACAUGACCGGGGGCACCGCCGCCUUGGUCGGAGCCGUCCUCCUCGGACCCCGCUCCGGCCGUUUCAUCGACGGAAUCCCCGUCGAGCUGCCCCAGCUCAGCUUCGUGUACCAGACUCUCGGGACGCUGUGCCUUUGGAUGGGGUGGUACGGCUUCAACGGCGUGAGCACUCUCGCCAUCGUCGGCCUGGGAGAGGUGGCCGCGCGUGCUAUGGUGAACACGACCAUCGCCGGAGGCGUCGCUUGCGUCACCUCCGUCACCGUGGCGUACUUCCGAAUCGGGUAUGUGGACAUCACGGCGGCCAACAACGGAGUUCUCGGCGGGCUCGUUGCUAUCACUGCUGGGUGCUCCGUGGUGAUGCCGGAAGGGGCGGUGGUGAUCGGAUUUGUGGCGGGUUUCGUCUACAACGCUUCCAGCGUCCUUCUCCUCAAGCUCCAGAUCGAUGAUGUGGUGGAUGCGUCCCCGGUGCACAUGUUCUGCGGAAUGUGGGGCGUGCUGGCGGCCGGCCUGCUCGCCGAGAAGGACAACUACGGCGAGUCGUACUACAGCGAAAGGCAGGGGGACUGCUGUGGGGCCUUCUACGGGUGCGGAGGCAACCAGUUCACGGCCAAUCUGAUCUUCGUGAUCGUAGUGUUGGGCUGGGCCGGAUUCUGCUCCUUCCUCAUGUUCACGUUCGCCAAAUACACCGUCGGCCUGCGUGUCUCUAAGGCGAUCGAAGACGCCGGCAUGGACGACUCCAAGCACGGCGGAAUGACCAUGCCCUCCGGCGGCGACAGCCUGUCAAACAGCAGGGUGGUGAAGGCCUUCCCCCCCGGAGCGGCCGGCACGGACGUCGAAGGUGCUUCCAUCCAAGAGCACAAGAUGGGGAGGUAA